GAAGAAAAGUAACUCAAUACCAAGCUUAUUAACUGAACUAAACGGUAAUAUUGAAAACUAUUUACUUGACAACAAGAUAAAAACAAGAAAAGGAGCUAGUCCUGGAUUGUGGCUUUGUUUUGUCUUGCCAACGUCAGUAAUUCUUGGAAUUUGGAAUUACCCAGACUGUGGUUAUUUCUACCGAUCAGCAACAUGUCUGAGUGUUGGCUUGCUACUCAACUCCUUAUCGAUAAUUUUUCAAGUUCAUCAUUCUACUCAGUUCCGUACUAUUUGUUGUGUAAUCAACUCCAUCACUACCACACUAUUGCUACAUUACUUCACUGAGCAUAGUAUAGUUUUCACAGUGGUCCUUGGGAUAUUCAGUAGUUUCGGAUUCAAUAAACUACUUGUUCUUUCUCUGCAACUGUGUCCGCAAACAUUUACAUUUGGAGAAGCAGCUGUGGUCGUGGAAGCUGCAAUCCUUUUCAUUGCUUCUGUUGUUGCAAUGCUCUUCACAUUCACACCAGUUACAUGCAUCGAUAUAUCAACAAAGAUAUUGCAGGUAGGUAUGACGGGGCUGAUGAUCUUCUGUGGUUGUGUCUACAACUUCCCUCGGCUCAGGAAGCCCAUGGAGUUCUACUCUUGUCUUGCUGCAGUUCUGGUGAUCAUUGUCGUCUUGCUGCAUGUCUUGUUGAACUUCAGUUCUGUUUUGUGGAUUUUCUACUUGGCGACAGAAGAUAUUCUCACUCUAAAGCUGGUUGCCUCGUGGGUGUUGGCAAGCGUUGUGGCCGUAGUGGCAGCCAUGACACAGGUGAAGGGGGGCCGCAAGGCGUCCACCAUCGUCAGAAAGUACUUCCACUUACUAGCUGUGGCUGUCUAUCUGCCAGGACUCUUGUUGAACCCUUGCCUGCUCUACCUGGCAAGCGGAAUAAUAUUUGCCAUUUUUGUUGGUCUUGAGAUAGUGAGGGUGGCCAAGGUAGCGCCAGUAGCUGAGGUGUUGGACUCUGUGUUCCUCACAUUCGUAGAUGAAAAGGACGCAGGUCCCGUGGCUCUAACUCCACUGUGUCUGAUGGCGGGUGUGUCUGCCCCGCUGUGGCUACACCCAGCUCCUGCAUCAUCCCCAGACUCCCUCCCCCCUCUGCUGGCGGGGCUACUGUCAGUAGGCGUGGGUGACACGGCAGCCUCUGUGUGCGGCUCGUUGUUCGGUCGUCACAAAUGGCCAGAUUCUCAAAGGACUAAAGAGGGGUCUGCAGCUUGUUUUAUCUCCCAGUUGUUCUUCGUCAUAGCCAUGAUACAUUUUGGUUAUAUUCCAAGAAACAACCUGUUACAGCCGAUAGUUGCGAUUUCCGCUGUCUCUUGGGUUGAAGCUACAACAGACCAAAUUGAUAACCUUGCCCUACCUCUGCUCAUGUACAUAUUAAUGUUAUAAGGUAGACUAACGUCCUAGUCAAUGUUGUAAAGACAACA